ACUUUACUGGAUCCCCAGAAAUAUAUUCCAUCACAUUUUAUUCAUCUCCCAUCUCCCCCCUUUCACAUUCCAACAAUGUGACAUGAUCUACUCUGAUACCAACAAAAGGAAUCAAGUUGCUUGUUUUACAUUUGACAGACUCAUGGAUCUCUUUGCUCCAAAUGUAUUACAUAGCGAUGGGCAAUCAGAUUGGGACAGAAUGACCAAAAAUGGUCAUAACAGCGAGGGAGAAGUAAAGUUGUUUGGAGUAACACUCAGAAAGAGCGCUAGCACAGGAAAUCUUUGUUACAAUGCUCUGCCAAAUCAACAGUUUGAUGAAUAUGUGAGCGAUGGGUUUGACAACAAUCUCUCUAAACAUCUUCCAAGGAAGAGAGGAAUCCCAUGGACGGAGGAAGAGCACAGAUUGUUUCUAACAGGCCUUGAAAAGUUGGGAAAGGGGGAUUGGAGAGGCAUAUCCAGGAAUUUUGUCACAACCAGAACUCCCACUCAGGUUGCCAGUCACGCACAAAAGUAUUUCCUCAGGCAAAAACAUGUCACUGCCAAGAAACGUCGCUCAAGCGUAUUCGACAUAUGCCAUAGUGAUUCUAAUCAAAAGGCCGGAAGUCCGAGAGAGCAAAGUAUAGAUCUGUCGUCAGCUUCAGGCAUGAUGAAUGGAAACUCUACAGAAGAUUGUGGGUUUGGUCUGUGUCUGACAAUUGCACCUCCUCCGCCGUAUCCUCCUCAGCGUUCUACAUUUUAUGACAGGCGAAACGUUUACUUUGACAGUGGCAUUAAGGUUGUCUGAUUGCCAAAUGCCAGAAAACCAUACUCUUGCUAUAUUGCUGCCAUUUUUUCUUUUCAAGAACUGAUUUUUCUUCAAUUGUUAGCCACAGUACAAGAUAUUUGAUACUGGGUAUUCUAGAAAUUUGAAAACUAAUACAUUCAUUCAGAUAAUUUGACCACAUCAGAACAUGUGAGUAAGCCUAAAUGGUUGAUCUGAGUUCAGUUGCAGAUGUUUGACAUUGUUGAAACAAUAAUAAUGGAAGGAGCUCUUAACUAGUUUGCUGAAA